CCUUCUGGGUAAACUGCGUCCAAAAUUUUGAAGAGCGCAUGCGUGCACUAAGUCUGUCCUUUUGCCUCGUUGCAGCCGAGAGAGCAAGAUGGGUCACCAGCAGCUCUACUGGAGCCAUCCAAGAAAAUUCGGUCAGGGUUCUCGCUCUUGCCGAGUCUGCUCAAACCGGCACGGUCUGAUCCGGAAAUAUGGCCUCAAUAUGUGCCGCCAGUGCUUCCGCCAGUACGCGAAGGAUAUUGGCUUCAUCAAGUUGGACUAAGCUUCCUUGAAUGGGUCAUCCAGGACAUCCACCUUAUGCAGAAACAAUGUUAGUUCUUUGUAUAUAAAAUAAACAUUUAAAAAUUCUAA